AUGCUGCAUGACUGGUGUAGCCUGAUGGGUGUGAACGCCCGCCGCUCCUUGCUCAUCCUGGGCAUCCCAGAUGACUGUGAGGACCAGGAAUUCCAGGAGACUGUGCAGGCUGCCCUGUGGCACCUGGGCAGGUACCGAGUGCUGGGCAAGGUCUUCAAAAGGGAGCUCCAGUCUACCGUUGCCUUGAUUGAGUUUGCUGAGUAUUUAAACCGAAAUUCAAUCCCCCAACAAGUACCAGGCAGGGAGGGACCCUGGACUGUGGUCUUUCUGCCUGAGGCCUCUGAUUCUGAGUCACAAGAUAGACCUGAUUUCCCUGCACUACUCCAGAGGGAAGCAGGGGCUGGCAGGGCAGGUGAGGCAAGAGGUGUAGGUGAGGAAGAAGCUGCAGGUGAGGAAGGAGCUGCAGGCGAGGAAGGAGCUGCAGGCGAGGAUGGAGCUGCAGGCGAGGGAGGAGCUGCAGGCGAGGGAGGAGCUGCAGAUGAAGAAGGAGCUGCAGGUGAGGAUGGAGCUGCAGGUGAGGUAGGAGCUGCAGAUGAAGAAGGAGCUGCAGGUGAGGAUGGAGCUGUAGGUGAGGAUGGAGCUGCAGGUGAGGAGAGAGCUGCUGGUGAGGCAGGAGCUGAAGAUGAAGCAGGAAUAUCAGAUGAGGAGGGAGCUGCAGGUGACACAGGAAUUGCAGGACAGGCAGGAGCUUGGAACCAGCAAUGGAGGCAGGCCUUGCAGCCUAUGCUGGAAAAUAUGGCCUACCAGGAACUGAGAACCUUUUCUGGGAUGGAAGAGCCAGGCCACGGGGAUGAGUCCUUUGAGAGCUGGCUGGACCAUGCCAAUGACAUGCUGUACCUGUGGCGCCACAUAUCAGAAAGGGAGAGGAGGAGGAGGCUUGUGGAAAGCUUGGGUGGCCCUGCGCUGGAUCUUGUGAGUGACCUCUUACGUGAAAAUCCCAACAUCACUGCACAGGACUGCCUUGCUGCACUGAUUCAGGUAUUUGGGAACAAGGACAAUCCUAUGACUUCGCGGCUGAAAUUCAUGACUUGUGCCCAACGGCCCCAGGAGACUCUCUUUGCCUAUGUCAUGCGCCUGGAAGGCCUGCUGCAGGCGGCCAUAGAGAAGGGGGCCAUCCAACCCCGUAUGGCAGACCAGGUGCGUGCCCGGCAGGUGCUGAUGCGAGCCCGUCCCAAUGAGAUGCUCUGGAACAUGCUGAGGAGAUUGCGGCUGGAGAGGAGAUCACCUGGUUUCCUGGGGAUGCUUCGGCUUAUUCGGGAGUCAGAGGCAUGGGAGGCCACUCCAACUACGAGCCAGCAGGCCCAAAUGGAAGAAGGGGCCUGUGUGGAUGUUGGAGACCUGGCUUCUGACCUGGUUGUUGCCCAGGCCAUCCCAGCCCAUGAAGAUGAUGGCGAGGCUGCCCCAGCCCAUGAAGGAGCUGCCCAUGCUGCCCUAGUCCAUGAAGAUGCUGCCCAGGCCGCCCCAGCCCAUGAAGAUGCUGCCCAGGCCGCCCCAGCCCACGAAGGAGCUGCCCAUGCUGCCCCAGCCCGUGAAGAUGAUGGCGAGGCUGCCCCAACCCAUGAAGGAGCUGCCCAGGGUGCCCUUUCCAAAGAAGAUAGUGCCGAGGCUGCAAUGGCCCAUGCAGUGGCCAGUGAGGCAGGUCCUGGCAUUGCCAGUCCUGAUGAGGCUGCUCCUAAAACCAGUGAUACCACCAGGGCCAGCCCUCCCUCUGAGGAGACCACCUCUGCCACUCAGCGAGAUGAAAAUGCUCUUGCUCCAGCAGGCCUAGGUCAGGCAGAACCGUCCUCUGCCCAUGUGAGCAGUGCUUCUGGGGUGGGCUUGGGUGGUCCCAGUGGUCGUCCAGAGGGCCAGGCCCAGGCAGACCAGGAGGCCGAGGAACCCCCUGAGGAGGGGCUCAAAGCCAUCCCGGAGGAGUCAGGAAGUGAGGCCAGGGCAGGGGAGAUGAGUUCCCCUGAGCCCUCCUCAGGCAAAUAG